AUGCCAUCGGUGAAGGAGUUCUUGCUGGAGCAACACUGGGAAGCAACGUUGGCCAGCCUUUUCGAGAUGUUGCAGUACCAGUCCCCCUUGCUGUGUGCUCCGAAUGCUUUUGCAUGUCUGGCCUGCACAAAAUCAGAACGGUACGACGUGCAGGACCUUCACAAGAAGGUGCUGAAAGCCCUUAAAGCCGAAUGGGAGAUGCUCCUCUGCUUGGAACAAGAUGCUCAAGGGUCUCAGCUCGUGCACAGACUUUGUCCUCAGACCAGAUGGCAAUCGUAUCGAGAGUUGAUGGUGACGUUCGAGAGGGAAUCGUGGCAAGUGACGCCAUUGUCCAAAGACAUGUGUCUCGCAUGGUUCGCACAGGUCAAUUGCAGCAGCAACUGUGAAGACUCCUUCAACACUAUGCAAGACGCUUGCAACAGGAGUGGCAAGAGUGGCUUAGCAUCUAUGGCGAACUUGCAAGCACUUCACAUCCGAUCAGUGAAUCAGAAGAUGACCGGCAAGAGCUUCCAGCCCUCCGCCGUGGAGCUCCAGGCAGAGGACUGGGAAGGAGCUGAAGUACGGGGUCUCAGGCCCAAGAUGUUCCAGCCCUCGACGUUCGUGGGCAGCAUGCUUUUCAGCUACGACGGCAAGUGGUUCAUGUGCUUGGGCUCGGCAGCAGCGGUGGUGUAUGCUGUGCAGCUCAUCGAGACAGGCUUGACCACAGCCGGAAGCUUGCCACCUCCGCCAGAAGAUGAGACUUGCAUCCAAGCCUCUCUGCCCGCCGUGCAGAGACGAGACGCACUCGUCGUGAGUGACGAAGUAUGUUUGCUCCACCUCUCUCCUGAGUCUGCUCCGGUCACACUUGUGGUGCAGUACAACAAGGUGCAAGUGCAUCAGUACUCGCUGCACUUCUGCGACGCUGACGCCAGCGAAAGUGUCGGCAGCAACCUCAUCCUCAGAAGAAGCUUGAAGCCUGACCCAUUGCUUGUGGCCUUGAUGCGGACGAAAGGCAUCGUGAAGCUCACGGUGGAUGGGCUUGCUAGGUUGAUGCAAGAGCACCAGCUUCCUGCACGGAAAACGAUGACGAAGAGUGCCCGCAUUCGGGAGCUCAUGCGGCUGUCCGCCGUGAGGGACAGCCUGGCUUCGGAAGAGCUAGGUGAGCUGGAGACCUUGCUCACCAAGAUGGAUGAACGCAGGCUCAAACGCACGGCAAAAGAAGACGAAGACGAGGAAGCUGAGGAUCCUGAGGACCCUAAUUUGUGCAUGCUUCGGUGCCCUUUGCCUCGAUUUUCUGGGUCGAAUCCACGGAUUUGCAUGAUGCCGAUCCGGCCGUGGAUGCAGCACGACAGAUGCUG